AUGCCAGUCUCCAAGAAGAUGAAGGUCCAGCGCGAACAUCGCAAAGCUGAGGCAGCUGGUACUAGGGCUCCGGUCAAGGCGAAUGGGUUGCCGGUCAAGGCGCCUAAGCCUACUAGUCUUUGCGCCAACUGCAAGAAGGAAAUCGUCAACACCAACCUGAAGCAACUCGAAGUCCACGCCGAAACCCACGACCAAAAAGUCUGGACCAAGGAGAAGUGCUGGCCUGAUAUCUUCAAGGGCGAAACUGCUGCUGCUACUUAA